AUGACUGAGGCUCCCGUUUUACAGUUGCUGGAUUUUGACCAGGUGUUUGAGGUUGCUAUUGAUGUCUCACAUGUUGGCAAAGAGUUUAUUAUUUUUACUGAGCAUGAGGCUUUCAAGCACCUCCACUUGCAGAAAUCAGUCAAUAAUGGGCAUGCCAAGUGGGUCGCAUACUUACAAGAGUUUAUCUUUGUAUUUAAGUACAAGGUUGGGAAAGCGAAAACUCUUGUUGACGCUUUGAGCAUAAAAGUGUUAACACUACAUACUUUCUCAGCCAAUGUGACGAGUAUAGACCACAUCAAGGAUAAGUAUGUGUUAUAUAAGGAUUUCUCAGCCAUCUACCAGAUGUUAUAG